AUGCCCACUUCGAACACUGAUUCGACGACAUCCGUUGAGGAAGGAUUCCAAGAACAUAAAAUCCCUUCUAAAUACGUUUCAAGCCCGCAAUAUCUCUCCAGCUUCCUGAAGCAGAACUAUGGCGACAUCAACUACACGGUGGAGAUGCGACACAACUUCUAUUCCAUCAAGGCACCUUUAACAGAACGACAAAUCAACUGGGUAUGGUUUCUUCAUGCGUUUCUAAAGGUACUCGAAAUCUGA